UGGCGAACAACGGCGAUUACGCCAACCUUGCCGACGUCGCGGUCAACUGGGGCCAUCCGCGCGAUGCGGAUCGCUUCUUGACCGUCGGAAAAACCGCGGUUUCCAUCCGGUUUCCGUGGUUGAUUCCGGACGGCGAAGGCAAGGGGUUGUUCUUGCUGGUCGAGUGGAGGGACCACGUCGACAUGACGUGGGAGACGGAAGCAAGGAUCGUGUAAGUUCAUCUCUUCCCAUCACCAGUAAUAGGUACCAGCGACUAACGGCAAUAGGGCCGAUUUCGGGGAGGUCUACGAUGCGUUCUUGCAGUCGAUUGGAGGUCGACAUAAGAUCGUAGCGCUGGGCCUGAGAUCCCAGAUCGCCACGCUCAUGCAGCCGGAGGAAGUUCGCGACGUACAGCGUGCUUCCUUCAAGGAGCCCGAGCUUCAGGCUGCUGCGGAAGUCGAGCUCGUCAACAAGACGUACCCUGUGGCCCGAAAGUCGUCGAGGAGUCGCGACUAUUCGUUGAUCAGGGUCAUCCGUGGCCACGAUUUCAUCGGCGGCGGGCUCUGGGUGCAUGUCGAGUGGUUGGAUCAACCCGAGAAGGAUCAGUGGACCUGGGAGCAGGAGGCCACAGCCGAGGAAAACUUCGGCAAGCUGUUGGAGGGCUACUUCGGUGCCCUUGGUGGACGCCCCACCGAGCAGCAGCCUGAAGAAGCCCUACUCUGGACGCCCCCCGUCGGCGCCAACUGGGAGACCGAAAUAGCGAGCAUUGAGACUGUGUCUUGCUCCGAUGAGGAUUAUGCAUUGCAUGCAUACCUCAUUUGGUCGAACGGCAAGAAGGGUCAUGUCCUAGCGACUGUUCUUCACGAGAAGGCGCCGCAAAAGCUACUUUGCUUUUACGAGCAACAUCUCGUGCUGAGCGGUCCUAUGGGCAUUAUGGCCCUUUGAUUCUUUUAUACGAGUUCACCGUUACUCGAUUUUUCUUUUCCCCCGAGUUCAACGUUACUCGAUACUUCGAUUCCCGCCGGACGAACGGACGACUCCCCAUGACGUGCUUGUUUCAGCAUUCUUCGAGUUUUCCGAUCCGCACCUCGUGUUAGCUUGCGGUACCUGUUGGAACCUACGCUACGACGUGGACGCGGCAUUGUUGAGUCGGGAAGUUCUGGGUCGAGAAAUUCUGGGUUGGGAAAUGCUGGGUUUUUUUCUUUUUUUCUUCUUUUUUGUUUGUUCUUCUGUACAUUUGGCGGCAGCCGAAUCUUUCUGCUGGCCUUAAUAC